UCAAUCUUGAUUGUGUUACUUGUUAAUUCAAAUGGGUCUAUAAUAUUCAUACUUCAAGUAGUAGUCAAGACCAUCAUCAAAUGAACAUGACUAAAGUAUCCAAGAAAACACCUAUAUUAGAUUGUGAACAAUCUCCAUCAGCUUUGAUAGAUUUGAUCAUACUAAUCGCGGUUAUCGGUUCUUGUGGAUUUUUAUUGUACCCCUAUGUAACGAUUUUAUUAUCCGAAACACUUGGAAUUAUUAAAACAAUCAUGUCUAUAGUUCAUCAAGAAGUUUUAAGUGAUCCAAUAAUUUAUGAGUGUUUAGCAACCACCAUUUUGGGUACAUUAUUAGUUGUGUUGGCAAUAAUAUUAUGUAGAAGUAAUUAUAAAUGCGGGAAACCGGGUUGUCGUGGGCUGAAAAAAGAGAUCGAAUUCGAUAUCAAGGUUGAAACAGAAGAAGAAUGUAUCAAGAAUUCAGAUUCUUUAGAUAAGGAAUUGAAGAAAGGGUUGUUUGAAUUUCCAAAAGAUUACCAUAGGGAAUUAGAAGAUGAAUUAAAGAAGAUGGCACCUCCUAACGGUCGAGUGGUUCUUGUUUUUCGGGCUAAGUGUGGGUGUCCGGUUGUUCGACUUGAGGCUUCUGGUCCUAAGAAGAAUAACAGAAAGAUGAAGAGGUAAAAUAUAUGUGAUGAUUAGCAUUUGGUUAGAUACAAGUUUGAGGUUUAGGAAUAAGGUGAGAGUUGAUAUUUAUUAAUUCAUCUUUCCUUUCUAUUUAACAAUUUUGGUAUACACAUGCAUCUUUUUAAGAAUUUAAUAGUUUCAUAGACAUACAGUUUGUAUUUCACAGAUGUUCUUCUGAUUUGAUUUUAUAAACUUGGUGAUC